AUGGGAUCCGACCAAACACGGUGUCAACUCGCAGUCGUAGACUUGACCGAUGAAAGCAUGAAGUCUAGCUCAGAAGCUUGGGUUUCAGCUUGUGGUGUCGUGCGUCGCGCCCUCGAAGAAGAUGGUUGUUUCAUUGCACUCUAUGACAAAAUAAGCCCAGGGCUCUGCGAUUCUGUUUUGUCUGCAUUGGAUGAACUAUUUGGUCUCCCUUUGGAAACCAAAAAACAAGUCACCAGCGACAAGCCUUUCCAUAGCUACUUUGGAGUCUCAUGGCUUCCUCUGUACGAGUCCGUCGCCAUCGACAAUGUUUUGUCCGACGAUGGUUGUCAAAAGUUCGCUCGCCUUAUGUGGCCGCAGGGAAAUGAUCGUUUCUGUGAAAUAAUGAAAGAGUAUGGAAAGUUGAUGGCGGAACUGGACCGUUUGGCGAAGAGAAUGGUGUUUGAUAGCUACGGGGUGGACAAGAAUCGAUGCGAUUCAUUCCUAGAGUCAAACGAUUAUCUGCUUCGAUUUCUCAAGUACAGAAAACCAGAGAAGGAUGAGGGUAAUUUGGGAUUGCAUGCUCAUUCCGACUUGACUCUCCUAUCCUUGUUGCAUCAACUCAAUUUUGGGGGCUUGGAAAUCAAACCCAAGGGUAAGGACUACUGGAUUGAGGUUGGUGCCUCCCUCUCCUCCGUCGUCAUCAUGGCCGGAGACGCAUUAAAGAUGUGGAGUAAUGGGAGGGUGCACUCGUGUGAACACCGAGUGGUGAUGAAGAAUGCAGAGAGAACAAGGUAUUCGAUGGGAUUUUUUUCCUUCAACGGGAAGACGAUGGAGGUGCCGGAGGAGCUGGUGGACGAGCAAAAUCCCUUGCGUUAUAAACCAUUUGAUAACUAUGAUUACCUUCGCUUCUGCGACACUUCCAAAAUCAAAGAUCCUGCUGAGGUGCGACUCGAGACUUAUUGCGGUGUUUCCAAGGCAACUUAA